AUGGCGACCGAAGUGGAGGAGGAGUGGCAGGAUGGCGUCGAUGACUUCUUCGCCGACUUCUCGUUAGCCGCCUCCAGUGAAAAGUCGACGCGACGCAAGAAUGCCGAGGCCCAUCAAGCCAGUGUUGCUGAGUCGCAGAAGAAGGCGGAGCGGAGGGAGGCCGACCGCGGCGAGUCGGCUGAGGAAGCCCGCCGACGCAUCGCCGCGGCGGUGAUUAGCCGCGCGACGGCAAAGGAACUCGAAGCAGCAGCGCGGAAUGCCAAGAAGCACCAUAAGGUGGCUCAUAAGGAUUGCAACACCGGCGCCUCGUCUGCCAAGUCGGGACUCUCUUCCUCUUCUUUGUCAGAGCAGCAUCACGGCUCAUCCACCGCAGCGUCGUUCUCGCCUUCCUUGAAAGGGCGCGACUCAACCGACCAUCAAGCAGAGGCAGAGCCCUCGAGCUCGCGUCUUUGCAAGAAACGCCAGAAGGUCGACGCCAAGUUUGCCCGCAAAACGGCACGCAAGGAGGAGGCGAGGGAGCACCGUAUCAAGUAUCGCCGCGUCUUACGCAAACAGCCUCGCUGA